AUGGAUGUGGAGUUGGUGAAAGGGCUUUUGGAAACCAUCCGAAAUGCAAUGGUUUCAAAUAAGCACCACGACGACGAAGCGGUACCAAUUAUUGAUCCGGACAAAAGCAACUACGAAGCAGCUGCCUGGUGCGAAAGCUUCGAUAAGUUAGAAGAGUUUAAAUGGAGCAGCUUUGAGAAGGUUGCAAAAGCCGCAUAUUUCAAUAUGGAUGUGGAGUUGGUGAAAGGGCUUUUGGAAACCGUCCGAAAUGCAAUGGUUUCAUAUAAGCAGCACGACGACGUAGCGGUGCCAAUUAUUGAUCCGGACAAAAGCAACUACGAAGCAGCUGCCUGGUGCGAAAGCUUCGAUAAGUUAGGAGAAGAGUUUAAAUGGAGCAGCUUUGAGAAGGUUGCAAAAGCCGCAUAUUUCAAUAUGGAUGUGGAGUUGGUGAAAGGGCUUUUGGAAACCAUCCGAAAUGCAAUGGUUUCAAAUAAGCAGCACGACGACGAAACGGUACCAAUUAUUGAUCCGGACAAAAGCAACUACGAAGCAGCUGCCUGGUGCGAAAGCUUCGAUAAGUUAGGAGAAGAGUUUAAAUGGAGCAGCUUUGAGAAGGUUGCAAAAGCCGCAUAUUUCAAUAUGGAUUUGGAGUUGGUGAAAGGGCUUUUGGAAACCGUCCGAAAUGCAAUGGUUUCAUAUAAGCGGCACGACGACGUAGCGGUGCCAAUUAUUGAUCCGGACAAAAGCAACUACGAAGCGGCUGCCUGGUGCGAAAGCUUCGAUAAGUUAGGAGAAGAGUUUAAAUGGAGCAGCUUUGAGAAUGUUGCAAAAGCCGCAUAUUUCAAUAUGGAUGUGGAGUUGGUGAAAGGGCUUUUGGAAACCAUCCGAAAUGCAAUGGUUUCAAAUAAGCAGCACGACGACGAAGCGGUACCAAUUAUUGAUCCGGACAAAAGCAACUACGAAGCAGCUGCCUGGUGCGAAAGCUUCGAUAAGUUAGGAGAAGAGUUUAAAUGGAGCAGCUUUGAGAAGCUUGCAAAAGCCGCAUAUUUCAAUAUAGAUGUGGAGUUGGUGAAAGGGCUUUUGGAAACCGUCCGAAAUGCAAUGGUUUCAUAUAAGCGGCACAACAACGUAGCGGUGCCAAUUAUUGAUCCGGACAAGCAACUACGAAGAAGCUGCCUGGUGCGAAAGCUUCGAUAA